GCAAUGCAUAACUUAUAUGGAGUUCAAACUUUCUUCCUGUGUUUGGAAGACAGCACUGGAGCCUCCUUUGGUGUUUUCUUAAUGAAUAGCAAUGCCAUGGAGUUUGUGGUGCAGCCUGCUCCAGCAGUGACCUACAGAACCAUUGGUGGGAUCCUUGAUUUCUACGUGUUCUUGGGGAACACUCCAGAGCAAGUAGUCCAGGAGUACCUGAAGCUCGUGGGACUGCCAGCAUUGCCCUCCUACUGGAGCCUGGGCUUCCAGCUCAGCCGUUGGAAUUAUGGGUCUCUGGAUGAGGUGAAGAGAGUUGUGGAGAGGAACAGAGCAAUUGGACUCCCUUAUGAUGCUCAGAUCACUGAUAUUGACUAUAUGGAGGAAAAGAAAGAUUUUACUUAUGACAAAGUGAAGUUUCGAGAUCUCCCUAAUUUUGCAGCUUAUAUGCACAACUAUGGACAAAAAUAUAUUAUCAUACUGGAUCCUGCUAUUAGCAUACAAAAUCUAGUUGACGGUAGCCCAUAUGGAAGCUACGUCAGGGGAGAGAGAAAAAAAGUCUGGGUUAAUGAAUCAGAUGGAGUAACAGCAUUACUUGGGGAGGUGUGGCCAGGGGAAACUGUUUUCCCAGACUUCACCAACCCAGACUGCACUAGCUGGUGGGUGGAAGAAUGCAAACUGUUUUAUAACGUAGUGCCAUAUGAUGGAAUCUGGAUUGAUAUGAAUGAAGUAUCCAACUUCAUUAAAGGCUCAAAAAAUGGUUGUGCGCAGAAUGACUUAAACUAUCCGCCUUUCACUCCCAGUAUUCUUGAUAAGCUCAUGUUUUCCAAGACGAUUUGUAUGGAUGCAGUGCAGAAGUGGGGGAAACAUUAUGAUGUCCACAGUCUUUAUGGAUAUUCCAUGGCCAUAUCAACACAGAAAGUCAUCGAAGCACUGUUUCCUGGAAAACGAAGCUUCCUUAUUUCAAGGUCUACUUUUGCUGGAUCAGGAAAGCACACAGGGCACUGGCUGGGAGAUAAUGCAGCAACAUGGGAUCACAUAAAAUGGGCAAUACCUGGAAUGCUGGACUUUAACCUCUUUGGAAUUCCUUAUAUUGGAGCAGACAUUUGCGGUUUCUUUGACAACACCACAGAAGAACUUUGCAGACGAUGGAUGCAAGUAGGAGCAUUUUACCCAUUUUCCAGGAAUCACAAUUGUGAAGGAUUCAUACCUCAGGAUCCGGCUGUGUUUGGACCUGAUUCAGUCUUGGUGAAAACCUCCAAGUAUUACUUGAAUAUUCGCUACACUUUGCUGCCCUACCUGUAUACGCUCUUUUAUAAAGCUCAUACUCAAGGAGACACAGUUGUACGGCCAGUUUUGCAUGAGUUCUACUCUGAUGAAGUGACAUGGAGUGUGGACAGGCAGUUCCUGUGGGGUCCUGGGCUGCUUAUUUCCCCUGUACUUGACCCGGGUGUGGACACAAUUCAAGCAUAUAUUCCUGAUGCAGUAUGGUACGACUAUGAUACAGUAG